AUGAGGAACAAUGAAAGGAGCACACAUUUUUUUAUACCAUCGAUUUCUGAUCUGAUAAAAUUAAUAAAAAUAGAUUCAAUUUAUGCAAAAUCUAAUCCAUGUUCAGGGAAAAAUAGCCCUAGAAAAGAAAAUAUGCAACCGUGUCCGGAAUCUGCAGACAAAGCGGGAGGCGAUGCACCAUCUCAAAAAUGCACAUGUCGGGUUCCAGAAUCUACGAAAUCUGCAAGUGACCGCGGUAUAACUGGUGCUGGCGUAACAGGGUCACGAACCAGUUGCGUUUCUGAGAGAGGCAAAGAACAUGCUCUUCCGCAAGGAGCAUCCAAUCCCGGAUUGCUGCGAUACAUACACAAUGCUGCCCGAUACAGAAUACCGCAAUGCUUCGAAGGUGCAUGUGUAUCACUCAAACAAAGUGCUAAGAAUAAUUGGGUUUUGGGACAUUCUAUGUCUUUUAGUUCGGUAUCACCGGGAGGAUACAAGGUACUGUUGUCAUAUGUGGAUAAAAAUAAGGUAAUAGGGCUACCCUACUUCGUAAUGGAGGCGGCACCAGGCGGUCAGAUGAGUUGUGAACUUCGCGUAGGGCCAACACAAGGAACUAGGGCCACAGUAGUUGCACAAUUGGCUGAAGCCGAGAUAUACAGCUUUGAAAGUAUUUUGGAUGCUUAUUUUAAUAACUUUACUGCAUCUAUUAUUACUGUGAAUAGAGAAUUUAUCGCCCUACAUUAUUUACAAGCCGUAACAAAUAAGAUAUCUCUCGGUGCGGAACUGGUGGCGAGAGGCCAAGCCGUGGAACUGAGCUCGGCGUCCGGCGCGGCGCGCUGGGUCAGCGAUGAUCACUCUGUCAGCGCAACGCUAGGAAAUAGAGGCUUAGAUUUGUGUUAUGCAAAGGCAAUUAAACCUUUCCUCACAGUUGCAGCUAUGUUGGAGGUAGGUUUUGCGAUACGUCGAGCGGUAGCGACAUUGGCCUACGAGUGGCACACUGAUCAAUGGACAGUCCGAAGCUCGGUGGAUUCCGACGGACUUGUUGGCGCCACGCUGCAGCGAGCGCUGGGGGGGAAGAACGCUCAGCUCGCUUGCGCUGUGUCAGCACUUCUCAACCAUCCCAAUGACAAAUUUCGACUCGGCUUUGGUGUCACUGCGACUAUUAUUUAACCUUUACAA